AUGGCCGAACUCGUGAACGACAACACCAGAUACGGUGAUGUAGUUCUGCUGCACCUCGAGCCACGCCAUGCCGGUGCCAGCAUCAGAAUGCAUCACACCCGCUGCCCCUGGGAGGGAGGCGACCGAGUAGACAUUCACCUUGGUCCAUGGCCCAGCAUUGGACGCAUCGUUGUAGGACAAGCCGGUGGACCUGAAGCCCAAAGUCGUGACGAAACAGUCAUAUGCGCCUUCAAGCAUAGCGAUCGCUUGGUCGGCAGGGCUGCCAUUGUUGCCGUAGAUGCGGAAACACUUCCGCCUGGGCCAAUGUUCGCAUUCGCUGUGAAGGUUGCCGGCUCAGCUGCGACAGAGACGUCCGGAGUAGGAGCCGCCCAGGUCCUUGAGGCGGCCUGGGAGAGGAUGACAAGUGUGACUGAAAGGGAGGGAAACAUGGUGAAGGAUAACCAGGUCAGCUAUUCAGUGAUGAGAGGCUUCAACAACCGGCGAAGGCUGAGUGGAAUUAGCUUGCUAGAUUUAUUCCCAAGUUCAUCGGAAGGACAUUUAUAUGUCACCAUAUACACAAGGAUGGUCGAUAACCGUUAA